UACGUACGUGACGUUAUUCGAUUUCAGGAAGCGCGUGGAGAGCACCGUGAAUGUCAAAACAGAGACCAGCCAAACGAGCUCGGAUUCCUGCCUUCAGCACGACAGUGUUCUGUCGAUGUAGCGCAGAAUUCUUACAACGACACUGCAGUCGCAUGUUGUCCAAGAAAGUGAGAGUAUCUGAUGCGCUCUCGGGAAAAGAGACCGGAUCAAAUAUCAGAAUACAGGGAUGGGUUCGAUCCGUCAGGCCACAGAAAGACAACCUCUUCUUACAUGUGAAUGAUGGAAGUUCAUUGAAACCUCUACAGGUUGUUGCCAGCUCACACUUGAAUACCAGAGACCUCACAUUUGGCUGUGCUGUUGACAUCACUGGCACCUUAGAGAAGAGCAUAAAUAAGAGACAAAAUGUGGAGUUACAUGCUCAGCAUAUUAAAGUGGUUGGUGAAUGCAAUCCUGUGGACUUUCCUUUCAAGAUCAAGGAGCGUCAUUCUCUGGAGUAUGUCAGGCAGUUUCCUCACCUCAGAUGCCGAACAAAUGCCUUCAGCUCUUUGCUCAGGAUACGCAGUGAGGCUACAACCGCUAUCCAGUCAUUCUUCAGGGAUAACGGUUAUGUGCAGAUACACACACCAGUAAUCACCUCAAAUGACUGUGAGGGAGCUGGAGAACUCUUCCAAGUUGAGCCUGCAGGUCAUAAAAAUGACUCAGACGAUCCAAACCCACAUUUCUUCUCUGUGCCGGCUUACCUAACAGUGUCAGCACAACUGCACCUGGAGGUGAUGGCAGGGGCUUUUUCAGCAGUGUACACAUUCGGCCCCACGUUCAGAGCGGAGAACUCUCAAAGCAGGAGACACUUGGCAGAGUUUUACAUGGUAGAGGCAGAGAUUGCCUUCACUGAGUCACUCGACGACCUUAUGAAGGUAAUGGAGGACUUAUUCAAGGCUGCCACGGAGCAUGUGCUGUCCUGUUGUGCAGAGGAUGUAGAGUUAUUUCACAAAUACAUUGCACCAGGAAACAGGGAUCAAGUGGAUCUCAUGUUGAAAAGAAAAUUUAAUGUCAUUUCUUACACUGAGGCCAUAGACAUUCUAAAGAGCAGUUCACAGAACUUUACAUUCAGUACUGAGUGGGGCUGUGAUCUUCAGACAGAACAUGAGAAGUUCCUAGUGAAACAUUGUGGAAAUGUCCCAGUGUUUGUCAUUAACUAUCCCUACGAGUUAAAGCCUUUCUAUGCCCGAGACAACCAGGACCAGCCCAACCACACUGCAGCUGCUGUAGACCUCUUGGUGCCUGGAGUGGGGGAGCUUUGUGGUGGAUCCCUGAGAGAGGAGAGACUAGAACUUCUGAGUCAACGACUAGCACGGGCUGGUUUGGAGGACACACAUGCAUGGUAUCUGCAGCUGAGAGAGUUUGGCUCAGUCCCCCAUGGUGGGUUUGGGAUGGGCUUUGAGAGGUACCUGCAGUGCAUUCUGGGACUCCACAAUAUUAAAGAUGUGAUUCCAUUUGCAAGACAGUGGUUCACAAAACCUGUUCCUGGAGCCACCCAACACUGCACAUUUGGAAUGUCUUUUAUAUGUGACACCCAUUUGAGGUCUUUGAGUCUCUACUGAGCUGAUGAUCUGAAUCAGGUGUGUUUGAUUAGGAAAACAUACAAAAUUAGCAAUAUUGAUGAAGUUCUAGAAACAGGUUUUGCAUUUUCAUGAAACGUAUUCAUCUUCUCUGUCAUAGAUGGGAGCAGAUAUUAGUUAACAGCCUACCUGAGAAAAAAAGAAAAGAAAACAAAAAGUAGUCAUUUGUUUUUAUUUUUUUAUUUUUGACCAAUAUCAUCAAUCACAUUUAACAUCAUCAAAAUAAAACCAUUCUCUUUGAUCUUGUGAU